CGAGAGCAGCCUCGGCGCCCGCCCGGAGUGAGCGGGACCGCAGCUGCCGCGGCUUCCAGCCCCGCCCAGCCCCCUCCCUCUUACUGGGGAUCACUCCCCCCAUCCACGCCUCCCCCCUAUGCGGCCCGGCGACCGGCACUAGCACUCCCCCGCCUCCCUCCAGUAGCGGGGCGCUUGCUGGGGGAGGAGGGGGAUUGCCCGCGGGUCCCCGGCGCCCAGCCUCCCCCUCCACCUCCUCCACCCCCUCCACCCCGAGCCGCGAUGUACGAUUGCAUGGAAACGUUUGCCGGGAGCCCCAGACGGCUGUACGGGGCGGUGGGGCCCGGGGCUGGCUUGCUGCGCAAAGCCACCGGCAGCCCGUGCUUCGCCGGACUUGAGUCCUUUGCUUGGUCGCAGUCCGCCAGUCUACAAUGCCUGUCUCCUCGAACCCCCCUGCUUUGUGGAUUGGCUGGCACUGCCCCAUGCCGGCUUGGCCCCACCCGGGGCCCUUUCGCAAGAGAGGAAAUGAGGCAGCUCUCUGAGGGCAAGGAAGGCGUCAGUGCCCGAGCUGUAGAGACCCAGAGCACAAGCUCCGAGGAAAUGGUGCCCAGCUCGCCCUCACCCCCUCCACCUCCCAGAGUCUAUAAGCCAUGUUUCGUCUGCAACGACAAGUCUUCCGGCUAUCACUAUGGGGUCAGCUCCUGUGAGGGGUGCAAGGGCUUCUUUCGACGAAGCAUCCAGAAGAACAUGGUGUACACGUGUCACCGGGAUAAGAACUGCAUCAUCAACAAGGUGACCCGAAACAGGUGCCAGUACUGCCGCCUGCAGAAGUGUUUUGAAGUUGGGAUGUCCAAGGAAGCUGUCAGGAAUGACCGAAACAAGAAGAAAAAGGAAGUCAAGGAAGAGGGUCCUCCUGACAGCUAUGAGCUGAGCCCCCAGCUGGAGGAACUGAUCGCUAAGGUCAGCAAGGCCCAUCAAGAGACCUUCCCUUCCUUGUGCCAGCUGGGCAAGUAUACAACGAACUCAAGUGCAGAUCACCGGGUGCAACUGGACUUAGGCCUGUGGGACAAAUUCAGUGAGCUGGCCACCAAGUGUAUCAUCAAGAUUGUGGAGUUUGCCAAGAGGCUUCCAGGUUUCACAGGACUCAGCAUCGCCGAUCAGAUCACCCUCCUCAAGGCAGCCUGCCUGGACAUCUUGAUGCUUCGGAUCUGCACUCGAUACACCCCAGAGCAGGACACAAUGACUUUUUCUGAUGGGCUGACCUUAAAUCGGACGCAGAUGCACAAUGCUGGCUUUGGGCCUCUCACGGACUUGGUCUUUGCCUUUGCUGGGCAGCUGUUGCCUCUCGAGAUGGAUGACACGGAGACUGGACUGCUCAGUGCCAUUUGCCUCAUCUGUGGAGACCGAAUGGACCUAGAGGAGCCAGAGAAGGUGGACAAAUUGCAGGAGCCGCUCUUGGAGGCUCUGAGGCUGUAUGCGAGGCGGCGUCGGCCUAGCCAGCCCUACAUGUUCCCGAGGAUGCUUAUGAAGAUUACUGACCUCCGGGGCAUCAGUACCAAGGGAGCAGAACGGGCUAUCACCUUGAAAAUGGAGAUCCCAGGCCCAAUGCCCCCCCUGAUUCGGGAAAUGCUGGAGAACCCUGAGAUGUUUGAGGACGACUCCUCGCAGCCUGGCCCCCGACCAGAGCCCCCCAGCGAGGAUGAGGGCAUAGGGGGUGGGGGUGAUGGGGACCUCAGCCCCGCCCCUGACCCAGACCCCUGAUUUCCCCCUGCUGUGGUGGCGGUGGUAAGGGGUUAUCAGAUACCCAGGUAGCAGAUUGACCAUCCCCACCAGUGACUGGGAGAGGACCUUAUGCGCCCUCUCUUCACUCCCAUUCCCCAAACCAGCACCAGUUCAAGCUCCUUGUUUUUGCCAAAGUUUCCUGGGCUAUUUGUCCAUCCUUUACCCUCACCAAGUCCUUACUGGGCUUCCUCCCCACAAUUUUCUGGCUGGGACCUGAUUCCUGUGCCUCGCUCCCCACUUUAGGGAGAUCGAAUCGGAGGGGUGAGACGAGGUCUCAGCUAUGAAUCUAGGAGCUAUCUCUUGGACAUCAGGCUCCCUCGGUUCUCCAGCAGGGAGAAGGGGGAGAACCUUUGUUGGUGCUGAGUAGGUGAGGACCUUGUCUCCCACUCCCCACCCCUCCUAUCCCCACCCCCACCCCAUCUGGGGAGACCUCCAGGAAUAAUUAGGAACACUAGAGACCAAAGGGAGGAGCAGGGGGGCUGGGCCAGCUGCCUCCACCCCCUUGUGAUCGCUGUGCAAUGCCCCCUGCCUGACACAUACUGCCCUCUGCCUCCCUGUGUGCCAGGCUCAGGGUAGGGGGUAGCUGGUCCCCUCCAGUCCUCUGGGGGCAGUGAAGGGGAGCAGAUGCAGGACCGUUCUGCACCUCUUUGCUGAUGGUUCCAGCGUGUACUCCCCCUUUCACAAAAAGGGGAAGUGCCCUCCGUUAAGAAUCCCCCAGCCCUACCAUGUGCCUUGGGUGUCCCCCGCCCCCCAUCUCAGCCAUCGGGGCGGAACCCUUCUACACUACAGAGGGGCUUGGGGAGCCCCUCCCUCUCCACCCCUAGUGCCUUCCCCCCACAAUACCCCAGAGCAGCUCAGCCCAGGGAGGGGAGGGCUGCUUAGCUGAUCCCGACCCUACCGAGAGGAAGCCUCUUAUUUAUUUAUUAGCUUUUGUUUACACCCUGGAAUUACCCCCCAUCCCCCUGGGGGUUCUGGGGGUGGAGCCCAGGGCCCCUUCUGAUUCCCAACCCCUGGUUUGUAUUUAGCUGCCAAAUAAAAUUCCCACUGGCCCCCCUUUUUCUCUGGGGGGGCUGGGUGCUGUCCCCUCCCCCCCUUUGUUUACAUCCCCCUUCCCUCCCGCUGUAUCGCAUAUUGCUGAGUUUUCUAUUUUUGCAAAAUAAAGUGAUGGAAACUCGUGA